AUGACGCCGCCAUUGAUACCAACCUUCCACCUCUUCACGGUCGAGACGGAGGUUCAUCCGGCAGUAUGCAUCUCCUCACUCUUGCAACAAAGGACGGGAAUCGGCAUGAGCUCCCGAACGUCAUUCGUGGCCCUAUGGCCACGAGUUCGAUUGUCCUCUGAACGAAAGAUCGGGAAGCAACCCGACGUAAAUGACUACACACGAGACGUGCUCAAGACGAGACAGCGCAUCACGGAAUUCCAGGAAGAGCCGUCGAACACGUGGGCUCGAGGGCCACAUGAGGCCAAGUCCCAAAUGCCUGAUACUAGUGGAGGGGCCGACAAUCCUAUUGAGGUCCCAGGGGCAUUUGUAUGUAUGCUGGCCUUUGAAACGCAGAGUGUGAACUGGGCGACCAAAUAUGAGGGCGAUUAA